AUGGCGAUCGCACCUAUCGCUGGAAAGCUCCGUAGGAGGCUCAUACUCGAUCUGUCCUUUUCAAUGGGUGCAGGCGUAGCACUGGGCUACGGGUGGUGGUACGGCUGGCACGUUCCAAAGGUGACGACGAGGGACGCCUACUACCUACAGCUCCAUAACGAGCGUCACAACACCUAG